AUGUCGACAAUAACAUCACUUCUCAACUCGUUGCACACCCAUCUGCAAUCUCAAACCCAACUUUUACCGCCCCUCCAUGCGCAACUCGGUCUUCCAGCGUCGGCGCUCGCGGACGAUCUCACAUCUCUGCAACAGGAGCUGGCGCGGUGCAUAGAGUCACAGAUUGAGCGCAGGAGGAAGGAGGUGCAUGAAUGGGAGCGCAAGUGCGAGGAGGUGGAGAACGACUGCAAGCGAUACGAAAGGGCGCUAGGAGGUCACGCGAAGGCGAUCGCGGGGAAGGGGCUGGAUUUGGAGGCAUGGAGGAAGGAGGCCGUGCUGCCUCAACGAUACCAGAUGGGGUCCCAAUACCAGGAGAAACUGCGCCAGCUCUACCACACCAAGCUUGAACAACUGACAACGCUCAUCAACCGCCUUGUAACACUCUCAAGGACGCUAGGUCCGAAUUUCUACCCCGCCGAAAUCUUGCAGCCUGUCCCUGCGACAUGGGAAGACCACGACCUGAAUCGGGAUUCCAACGGACAACACCGAGACGUGAGUCCCGAACGAUUUUCACGACUGGAAAAGGAACUAGUGCGCGGCAAGAGCGAAAUCGCCAAACGGCUCAGCCAUCUGCACUCCGUUUUCCUUCAGAUCGACUGGCUCCACGCAGCCCUCGGCAUGGAACCCCUCUCCAUCGACGACCUUGCCACGACCAGCCUUCUCGCCCCUCCUGUACAGACCUUCGCCCGCUCCACCUCCUCCCUUAACAUGGACACCAGCUCUUACAUCGCCAGCGACAGCUUUGACCGCGACCCCUUUACCAUGUCAACGCCAACGCCCGCCACACGGCACAAACCGAACACAACGCUCAAGGCGCUCGGCCCGACGCCCUUCUCGCGGAUGCUGCUCGCCGCAGCAGACGAGACGCCGCUGGAGUACCAGCGCAUCCUUGCGCGCUUCUCUACUUUCAUUGCAAGGGCGGAAGAGGAGGGCACACCGGCCGAGGAGACGGACCCCGCCGCGGCGUUGCAAGGGGUGGAUCCGACGCCGGGGCUGGUCGAAUGGGCCGAGCGCACGUGCGCGGAGUUGGACGAGACCAAGCGCAAGCGCGAGGCACAUAUCCAGGCGAUGUACGACCAACUCGAGGCGCUCUGGCGCCGGCUCGGCGUGGGCGAGGACGACAUGGACGCGUUCGUGGAGCACAAUCAGGGAUCGACGCUCGCAUCUGUGAGGGCGUACGAGGAUGAGCUGGAGAGGAUGCUGGAGCUGAAGAGAGAGAGGAUGGGCGUAUUUGUAGACAAUGCGAGGACGGAGAUCAGACGGCUGUGGGCGGAGCUGUGGGUCGGCGAGGCGGAGAACGAGAGGGCGAUGUUCGAGGAGGGCGCGAUGCGCGACGCGGAAUUCACCGAGGAGCUGCUUAGCGUCCACGAGGAGGAGAUAAGGCGGUUGAAGGAAGAGAAGAAGGCGAAGGCACCGGUACUGUCCUCAAUCAAGAAGUACUUUGAUAUCUGCGAGGAGGAACGGGAACUCGCCGCAGCGGCCUCUGAUCAAUCUCGUCUCCUUGGCCGCGGGCCGCGAGAUCCAGGCAGGCUGCUCAGGGAGGAGAAGAUGCGCAAACGGGUGCAGAAAGAGAAACCUCGGCUUGAACAAGACUUGCUCACCGCCAUACCUGCGUGGGAAGAGCAGAGCGGCCGACCAUUUCUUGUCCAUGGCGAGAGCAUCAUGCAAAUCCUUCUUGAGAGCAUCGCUGCGCACGAGAAGGAGAACGGUGGACGUGGCCGCAAACCUACCUCAAGCUCCGGAUAUGGGCCCAGUGCUCCGGCGCCGCAGCCGAAGAGGGCGGGCUCCGUGCCACGAACAGCGCCGCCACCGGCCAACGGAUACAAACCUGGCGGACCACACAAGCGGAGCACAUCAUCCAACGGCGUAUCCCAGACCGUACCCGCAACGCGGCCGGCUUCGGCUUCGAGUUCGAGCACAUCGAUGCCCGCGAAGCGACAACGGCUGGGGAGCUCGACAUCCUCCUCAUCAUCAAGACCGUCAGCCCGCGCCCCUCUGCAAUCGUCGACGAAUGAUAGUCAUUUACCUUCCUACAGCCAUGCCCCUGCGGCUUCCACCACGAAGCGCCCUGCGUCACGAUUGUCCGCCCAGCGACCGAAGCCUGUGCCCGUUUCCCUGCCAAAAGCCACUUCGAAUCCAGCAAUGCUGGGACACGGGAGGUUGCCAACCUCCGCGCCCACACUGGUGCCGCCAUCGAUACACUAUCCUGGCUCGCGAACAGUAUCAACGGCCUCGAUCGCCAACACGCAGACGGCGCGAGCGGCGCGACGAGAGAGCUUCAAGCCGCGGCCCAGCAUAGACGACGACACCAUCCAUAAAUGGUCGAGCGCGGGUGGUGGGAUGGGCCUCGCGGUCAAAGAGGAGGACUAUGAGGACGAUUGAUACCCGCCAUCUCCAAUCGCUUAUCCUUGCUGGAUGUCGGCGGUGCUUUUCCUUCGUUCGAGACACCUUGUGGCGUGAUAUUUAUCUCAUCCAUCUUACCACCGUUCUGUCAGGAUAACAGAAUGUAUGUAUGUACC